AUGGAGAAUCUGGGAAGUAGAGUGAUAGAGCCAUUGAUAGUGGGAAGAGUGGUAGGAGAUGUUCUUGAUUUCUUCACCCCAACAAUUAAAAUGAAUGUGAGUUACAACAAGAAGCAAGUCUCCAAUGGCCAUGAGCUUCUCCCUUCCGCUGUCUCCUCCAAGCCUAGGGUUGAGAUCCAUGGUGGUGAUCUCAGAACCUUCUUCACCUUGGUGAUGGUAGACCCUGAUGUUCCAGGUCCUAGUGACCCCUUUCAAAAAGAACACCUGCAUUGGAUUGUUACAAACAUUCCCGGUACCACAGAUGCUACGUUUGGAAAAGAGAUGGUGAGCUAUGAUUUACCAAAGCCAAGCAUAGGGAUACACAGGUUUGUGUUUGUUCUGUUCAGGCAGAAGCAAAGACGAGUUAUCUUCCCAAAUAUCCCUUCGAGAGAUCACUUCAGUACCCGUAAAUUUGCGACUGAAUAUGAUCUUGGUCUCCCUGUCGCGGCUGUCUUCUUCAACGCUCAGAGGGAGACCGCGGCUCGCAGACGUUAA